AUGAGUUUAAAAAGCAUUCAAACUGAUUCCAAAUGCAUGGUCAUUCUUUCUGCUAAUAGGUAGGUAUGCUUCUAAAGACUAGUUUAAAAUGUUAGUGUACUCAACAGAGGGCGCUAUUUUAUUUUGUUAUAUUAAGGCUACUUACUUAUUUUAUGAAGAAGGUAAAAUUUCGAUCAAUUUAAAUAGCACCAAAAUUUUGAAUGCAAAUUACAUUUUAGUCUUCAGGAGUGGUAAGCCAAACAUUCAGAGCAUGUGUUAAAUUAGGAUACGGCCUAUCUGUGUACCAAUUUUCAUUAAAAUUUACUUAGCUGUUUAAGAGUAGUUAAAUACAAAUAUACAUACGUCUUAACAAACUUACGUUUGUUAGUAGAAUUUCUUAUCGGUAAUAUUAAUGUUAUCUAAUCGCAUAUUGUUUACCAAACGUAAGGCGAGAUUUCACCAGUGUUACAUUAAGACAUUUGUCAUUGUUAUCAAAAGUUGUGCAAUAAAUAAAAAAAAAAAUUAGUUAUAACAGUUUGAUAUAAUAUUUACAUAUUAAAUCGACCAAUUUAAAAGCAAACUGCUCGAAGGCGAUUUUCGACUAUGUUAUUUCUAAUCUGGACGGGCCUGAUCCUUUGUGCCCUCUGGCUGUACUUCCACCAGGUGUACUCCAGGUUUAGUAAACAUGGAGUCAAGCACUUUAAGCCGAUCCCUAUCCUCGGCAAUAUGGCCAGGCUUAUGUUCCGGAUCGAUUUAUUCACUGAUGACAUCGAAAGAAAUUAUAAUGCAUUCCCUAAAGAAAGGUUUACAGGAAAAUACGACUUCAUAAAUCCAACUGUCGUGAUAAGGGACAUCGAGUUAGCGAAACAAAUUGGUAUUAAGGACUUCGAUUACUUUUUAGAUCACAGAAUAUUUUUGAACGAGAAGACGGACCCAUUUUUUGGAAGAAGUUUGAUUUCAUUAAAAGGCAAUGAAUGGAAAGACAUGCGGUCAACAUUGAGUCCAGUAUUCACUAGUUCCAAAAUACGUUUCAUGGUACCUCUGAUGGUUGAAGUUGGGAAUCAAAUGAUCGAAGCACUUAAGAAGAAAAUAGACGAUUCUGGAGUAGGUUAUGUGGAUAUCGAAGGAAAAGACCUCUCGACUCGGUAUGCUAACGACGUCAUUGCAUCGUGCGCUUUUGGUCUAAAAGUGGACUCCCAAACUGAUGAUAAUAACGAAUUUUACAUGAGAGGCAAAGAAAUUUCGAAAAUUACAUUUAUACAAUUAAUAAAAAUGUUUGGGUUUAUGGUUAUUCCUAAGAUAAUGGCAAAACUGAAUAUUUCGCUGUUCCCGGAACACAACGCCAACUUCUUCAAAAGCGUGAUUAAGUUUGCGAUGAACGAUCGGGAGGAGAACAAGAUAGUAAGGCCGGAUUUGAUCCACUUACUGAUGGAAGUUAAAAAAGGAAGACUGUCGCAUGAUUCACGUGAUAAAGAGAUGUCAAAAGUAUCUGAUGCCGGCUUCGCGGUCGCAGAAGAGUCAUCUGUAGGAAAAAGAGAAAUAAACAAAGUAUGGUCGGACAAUGACUUAAUUGCUCAAGCUAUUUUAUUCUUUGUCGCCGGCUUCGACACUGUGUCUUCAGCUAUGGCCUUUGCUCUCCACGAACUGACUCUCAAUCCAGACGUACAGGAAAAAUUGGUACAGGAGAUCAAAGAGAAUGAUCGCAAAUUUGGAGGAAAAUUUGAUUUCGAUUCGAUACAGAAUAUGGUCUAUUUGGAUAUGGUUGUUUCAGAAGUGCUUAGGUUGUGGCCGCCUGCUGUGGGUUUGGAUAGACUUUGCAUCAAAGACUACAACUUGGGUAGACCCAACAGUGAGGCUACAGAGGAUUUCAUAAUCCGGAAGGGAGAAGGGAUAGCAAUACCAGUGUGGGCUUUCCAUCGGGACCCUAAUUACUUCCCGGAUCCCCUCAAGUUCGACCCAGAGCGUUUUUCUGAAGAAAACAAGCAUAAUAUUAAACCUUAUACCUAUAUGCCUUUUGGAAUUGGCCCUAGGAACUGCAUUGGUUCAAGAUUCGCUUUGUGUGAAGUUAAAGUAAUGUUAUACCAGUUGCUACAACGAAUAGAACUGAGCCCGUGUGACAAGACAUGUAUGUCGUCCGAGCUGGAUCGAACGACAGUGAACCUCAGGAUCAAAGGAGGUCAUUGGAUGCGGAUUAAAAUUAGAAAAUAGAAGAACUACAUAUGUAUAUAAAUGAUAUAAUUGUACAAGAACCGAACCGUAAAUGACAAUAAGUAUGUACUAAUUUAAUUAGCCACUCAUCGAUUACUACGAAACAGGCCUGCGAGCCUAGUGUAGUAAGCACUGAUAACUAAAUUUUGUACCCGCAUUUUUGUUUAAAUAAAGUCAUUAAAUAUUUUUUUUACAAAAUUUACAUCGCCUCUCUUAAGGAGAGGAGAUGGCAAACUAACAGUUCAGGACCCCAGGGAGAAAAUCCGGUGUACUAUGCGGGUAGUAUCUAAGAGCCCUGCUUUUUUUAUCGAUUUUUAUAGUUCAAUUAAAACGUUUAUCCUUUAACUUUAUACUAAUUCCUACACAAUUAUCUAAUUACAAACUUUCGUCUCUUUUCACUACACUUUUUGAGUGAUCAUUAAACCAAUGUUAUAGCAGAAAGAAAAAUUGUUCUCUCAGAAAAUAAAAAAGAUAUUUUAUAAAUAUAAUUUUAAAUAAAAGCAUAUACUUAAUCAA